AUGUGCACGCGUUUCACUUGGCAGUCUCCACCAGCUGCUUCUCACUUCACUUUUAACUUCCGUUUCGUGUUCUUUCUCUACUUCGAUUGCCAGUGGCGUUGGAAAUUUUUUGCAUUUUCCAUGAAUGUCCUGUUAAAAAAUCAACAGCUAACCAUUCCAAAAUCAAUUCAAUUCUACCUUAUUCAAUCCAUUUUCCACCUAAAUUCUCUUCGACAAUUUCGAAGAACAGCGGUUCAUCGUCGUGCUCGUAGAACGAACAGUGAAGAUGACGAGAAUAAUAGAAAUGCGGAGAGUGAUUUGGAACGGAAUUUGUAUCUGCACAAAAGCAAAGGCCAACAUCUCCUAACAAACCCACGAGUUCUUGAUAAAAUUGUUCGUAUAUCUCGAAUACAGCCCGAUGAUACUGUCCUAGAGAUCGGACCUGGCACGGGUAAUCUUACUCUUAGGCUUCUCGAGGUCGCUAAGAAAGUUGUUGCAGUGGAAAUUGACAAGCGAAUGCUGGAGAUUCUUCGCAAACGGGUUUCUGAGAGUGGCCGUCAAGAUAAACUUGAUCUUUUGUGCGAGGAUGCAUUAAAGGCCAAGUUUCCACAGUUUGAUCUUGUUGUGGCAAACAUUCCGUAUGGAAUAUCAUCCCCUCUUGUGACUAAACUGGUGUAUGGAGCUAACCCUUUUCGAAGUAUCACAUUUCUUCUUCAGAAAGAGUUUGCUAGGCGAUUAUUAGCUGAUCCUGGUGACUCAGAGUACAACAGAUUGGCUGUAAAUGUGAAGUUGAUGGCGGAAGUUGAGUUUGUGAUGGAUGUAAGCAAGCGAGAUUUUCUUCCUUGUCCAAAGGUUGAUUCUUCUGUGGUAAUAAUCCGUCCCAAAGCUGAAAUCCCCACAGUGAACCUUCACGAAUGGUGGGCUUUCACAAGGGCCUGCUUUAGCAAUAAAAAUAAGACAAUGGCAGCAAUUUUUAAGCAGAAGAAAAAGGUCAUGGAACUAUUUAGAUUAUCUAAGAUGAGUGGCUCCAAUGGUGAACAUGGAAUCACAAGCAGAAACUAUGAUUUUGCUGCUGCUGCUGCUGAUGAUGAUGAGGCAGAAGAAGGAGAAACGAGCCAUGAGCAAAGCUGCCGUGCGUGUUCUUGCUCUGAAAUGGAUAUGUGUUCUUACAUGGAGAGGAUUAAUGAAGUUCUAAAAGCUAAUGGUUUUGAAGGCAAGAGACCUUCAAAACUGUCUAAUGAGGAGUUACUGAAUUUGCUUUCUUUGCUUAAUCAGGCUGGAAUACAUUUUCAUGGCCAAACAAGGCCACAGAAUGCUGAAAAUGAAGCACGUCCUGCUGCUGUAAGGAGAUAAUUUUGACGUUAGAUUCUGUUAUCCAAAUUACUUUUUUUUUUUUGAAAAAAAGUUGAGAUACUAAUUUUAAACUUUGUCCUAUUGUUUUGUGGAGAUGCAUAUGGCUUGAGCAUGAUUUGGUUUGUUUCUUUGAUUUGGGUUGGUUGUUAGGUUGUGGGCUGAAUUCUCUCCUUUUCUAUUUUGCCUUGGGCUCUUGUAAAAUGCAUCUCCACAU